UCAACAACCCUCACGACAGUUCAUACAUGCUCAAUGGAAAGUACUCUUCCUCUAAUACUGAUUCCUUAAGAAUCAGUUAACACAAGGGUUGCACUCUUUAGCAAAUCCGCCCUUUCACAAGGGUCGUUUCUUCUCCAACCUGCCAAUACAUGGAGGAUAAAUGAUAUCGGGCUACAACUUGGAGGGGUUAAGGAGAAAAAAUAUAAUUUCAUGAAAGGAAUCAGAAAAUUGAAAGAUGUGGGAAGAGCACACAGGCACCUUCAAGGGAUCAUGGGAUUGCAGAACCAUACGCCCAACAAAUACAGAAAAGGCACAAGAGAAUAUUGAUGCAAAUAAAUUGAAAAUGAAGCAUUUAAGUAUUUCAGAUUCAGAUCAAUUCCAAGAGGAUAAGGUUAAAUUAGGAGAACCUGGUUUGAAAGAAAGGUAUUAUGCUGCAAAAUUUGGAGCAGAAACACAACAGGAAAUUGAAGAAGUUAAGGAAGAUGUUCUUGGCUGGUGUAAAUGGGUGUUCUAAACUUUCAUUCCAAAAGUUUGGAUAAAAUUUGAAUUUGAUUGUAAGUUUGAAACUAAAUUUAUAGAAGUGUCGUCCUUGUAUUUUAAUAAUGUAACUUUCCCACUAAUAUUGGUUUCCCAUUAUGAGAUUUUUCGUGCAUAAUUUUGAAAUAUAUUUAUUCACCAUUUCCUUCCUGCUCUAUGGUCUCUCUAGGCUGCUUAUUUUAAAAUUAUUUGUAUUCUGAUCAUUAUCUCGUGGUUAAAGUUUUACGUUUAUGUAAGAGUUUAUUUGAUUUUGUUAUAUGAGUGUCUCUCUAUAAGGGGUUUAUUCUGAAUAAAACUGAACAUAAUACAAAGCUAUUGCAUGAAAAUAAUAUGUUAUUCUAACAGACAUUUUCUGAAGCCCACUCUGACCAUUUUUUUGAAAACAUGUUCAGUACGUAAUACCUCCUGUGUAGUUUUGAAUGGGCCUCACUACUAAAAGCAUUUCUAAGAGAAUUAAUUCUUCUUAAGUUUUAACUCUUAUUCUUAAAUUAAAAUGAAUAUAUUCUUUAAAAAAAUUGUAAAUAAAUCAAUACUAAGGCUCAUACACUAUUGAAGCCCACAAAACUGAAAUACCAAAUUCUUCAAUCAUAUGAUGGCUUGUUAAAUAUAUUGUUUUCGACAAUAAUAAAAAUAAUAAAAUUUAUUGUUUAGGCAAUGUUGUCUCUUUCUUGUAAUUAGGCUUCUCAAAUAGAGUAAAUUAGGGUGUCGUGGAUAGUUUGUCCUUGUUGUUGAUUUUGAUCCUUAAGCAACCAUGGACUACUUAUUUCUUAGAUUUUAGUGACAUGAUCACAAGUGCAAAGUUGGAUGCAAUUAAACUCCCACAAAUAGAUUGCUGCAAUUAUGUGUACCUUCAUUUUGUAUCAUGUUUACAUAAAGGGAACAAAUGAUGCAUAAUACUUAAUUCCUGCUUGGAGGAAAUUGUCUCUAGUGCUGACUAGAACAUACACUUAGCUUUAAUUUGCAGAGAGCUUAUACAUUCAAGUUUUAGUAGAGUUGAGUCUAGAAGUGUAUGUGGGUGUCCAGAAGAGUAUCUCUUCCAAGGGAAGCUGAAAAUUUGUAAUAGUAUUUGCUGGAUGAUUGCAAAUAUUAUUUCAACUAUUUGAGGUCAAUAUAUGGUUUUACUAUAUUAAAAAAAGUGUUAAGAGUAAAUGGGAAAACAUGGUUAGCAGGGAUGUGAUUCGUAUCCGAAUAUUAAACAAUGUUCCCUGUAACUAGCUUGGAGCAACUACUAAAAGCCUUAAUUGGUCACAUAGUUGAAUUCAAGUUGUGGACUAGGUUAUGAUGAUUUGACUCAAAUCAAUUAAAAGAACUUUAUAGCACUUGUAAUCAGUGAAAAAAGAAAUGAACUGAUGUAUUGGAAGAACUCACAAGGACAAGUGCAAAUUCAGGUGUAAAAUUGCUACUCAUCCAAUAUUUUAAUUUUUAUUGUACACAAUGUAUAGAAGAGAUGUACUAUGAUUCCUAUAUUACAAUAUUCUGUACUCAAACUUGCAUAAUAGUGCCAUUUGUCAUCAUUUCGGGACAAAAGAUAAUCUUUCAUUGUCUA